AUGGAGGACAACUGGAGCACCCAAGCUAUCGGCGUUCUUCCUGCGGGUACAUUUGGCGAAUUUAUGCCUCGUGAUGGAUUCCGUGAGAUCUCGCGCUUUCUUCACUUCACUGACAACACGAGUCAUGUUGCAACUACCGACAGAGCCUGGAAAACUCUUUCAUGA